AUGUACAUGUAUCUGGUACGAAUGGUUAUUUAUAUUCGCCCUUCAUCGCCGGUGCAGGACCUCGACCACCUCCUCCGACUGGAUGCGGCAAACGUCGGCGCCGAGGUGGAGGAUAAACGGCAGCGGUCGGAGAGGCUCUUGUCCAAGGCCGGCAAUGGGCAGCUGAGGGCAGUCCGGAAGAAGGCCGGUGACGGUGCUGCGGUCGACACUGUAAAGGACGCGCAAGCACUGCGGGAAAAGGCCCGGUCCCUCCUGAAGGACGCGGAGGUUAAGAAGAAGCUGUCCAAGGAAGAGGCGAAGGAGCUCGAGAACGACCUUCUCAAAGACAUCAACACGCAGUUCGGCACUCGAAAUGAGAACUUCGCGCUGGACGUCUACGAGCGGCGGUGCGGGACGGAGGUCAUCUGCAGCAACGAGCGGAUUUUGGUUUGGCCUUUUCCAGGCAGCAAGAUCUCCGGAGAUGGUGUGCCCGACAGAGCACUCGACCCUCCGCCUGAGCUUAGCCAGGGGUGGACGAAGAGAGGAUCGCGACGGGGUUCCGGCCGUUCCUCGUCGGCAGCCGAGCCCGCAUUACCAGCUAGCGCCGCGCCCGAGCGUGCUGGACAAGGCCCAAAAGGACAAGGACAGGUUAUCUCGUCGACGAGGUGCUCCGAUGACCCUGUGGAUGAUGCUGCCGGUAGCGCUGGUAGUAACGGUAACGGUAGCGGCGUGAAGCGACCCACAGAGGGGAAGCGGGAGGAGUCAUCGCCGGGCUUCGCUGCACGGUUGAGGAGAGGGUCGUGUUUGCCCCAGAAGGCGGCCCCGUCGCCUGCGACGGUGAUGAUGACGGAGUCGAUGACUGAUGGCGACGAUGCAACCGCUAGGGCCCAACAGGAAGAAUGCCGGAGGGGCAGCAUGGCGGAGACGUUGCCGCCGGCGGUGGCGAUGACGGAGACCGAGGACAAACGGAGUUCCAUGACGUCCACUAAUGGAGGUUCGACCGCGAUCGCCUCCGAGGGAAGCAAUUUCGGCAGCAUCUAUAGCGCGAGUGGAACCACGCCGCCGCCGCCAGCAGCAGCAGCAGCAGCAGUGGCAACGGCAACGGCACCAGGGGCCACAAAGACAAAGGCCGGUUUGAUGAACUUGGAGACCUUCGGGGGCGACGCCGUUUACGCGUGGGGGGAGGGCCCUGCCGAGCCAUCCGAACCGAAGGAAGAAGACGAAGCGGUAGCAGAAGAAGAAGAGCCGGAAGAGCAGGAGUGGUCGGUUUGGGCCCGAGAUACGGAGGCGGUGAACCCGCCGCCGUCUGAGGUAGGACCCCAGGACGCCGGUAACGGUAGCGCUGCGGGAAUGGAGGAGGAACCGGCGAGGGGUGCUGCCGGGUGGGGGUCGAAGACGAUGAGGGAGAGGAGGAAGGAGGCGUGUUUUGUGGUCGUCGGAGCCGUGGACGGUGUCGCCGAGGAGGUGACCGAUGCCCCCGAAGACGCCGAGAGUUGGGAGACGAGGCGGGUGGUGGUGGAGGUGAAAAACAGGAUGUACAAGGCGACCAAUCCUCCUCCUCUCUACGACCAGAUCCAGCUCGUGACGUAUAUGCUCAUGAUCGGAGCCAGCGUCGGCGACUUGGUGCAGUUCGUCAAGACCACCACCGCUGGCCGCGGAAACGGCAAAAGAGAAGUUCCAAGGAAAGAGGCGCCGACGGCAGUUACAGCGACGGCAGACGAUGUGCUAGUGUCGCGGGUCGAGCUUGACUGCCGGACCUACCGCCACCGCAAGCACUGGGGGCAGGUGGUCCUGCCCCGUCUCUAUGAGUUUGCCAGGAUGGUGUACAGGUUUAGGGGGGACGACCUCUUGAGGUGGCGCUACCUGCUUGCGACCCCGGAGGAGCAGCGGGAUAUGCUGGUGGAAUGCUGCCCUUACUUGGACAGCGUCAUCCCACGGGCACCAGCAACAGCAGCAGCAGCAGCGGCGGCGGUGCCACCGUCUCUGCCCUCUCCAACCCCGGGUGCCCCUAAGACGGGGCUCAAGGCGACCGGCCUAGACGGUGGUGGUGCAGUCUCAGGAAACGCCCCGGUUGAUACUCCCGGGUCGGUGCCUGGUGCGUCGGCGCCUGGCGCGGCCGAGACCGAGAGCAAGAACGGCGGCGAGGCGAAGGGUUUCUUGAACCUCUGGGAGAUGUGGCGGAAGCGGUGGCAGCGGCGGCGGCGGUAACGUCCCCUGCUCGCAAGAAAUCCAGGGCGGAGCCGGGAACUGCCACCGUCGCGUAAGGCGUGGCGCUCUAUGAUUGACCGGUUGAUGACUCUGUGCUAGGCCCAACAGCCGCUGCUUUCGGGUGAGGGUUGUCGGGAGCAGCUCAUUGGUUGGAUGUCUAACUUUGUUGGCGCGUAUGCAUAUGAGGAUAAUUGUUUUACGUUCAUCGGUGUAGUGGUGUCUGGUGACCCGUCGACUGAAGCUUGUUUGUAGGAUUGACACCAUCAUCCCUCGUUCUGAACAAGAUUCGGAUCCUAGAUUGUGGAUUCGGAUCCUAGAUUGUGGUUGCUUAUUUUCUCCUAAGGUACUUGUUCAGCCGUAGACAGGAUAGGUAUGUCCAUUUUUGACGACCCGCGGUGGGUGGGUUCCGCCAAGAAACGGUAUACCUGGUACUACAUGAAAAAAAUUGUUUUUAAGAAAUUCUGUAGUUAGUGUGAAACGAAGUUUUGCAUGUGGGCAAGCUUGACAAGAGCCUGAAUAAGUCGUAUCUGGUGUUCGUUGUUUGCUUUUGGUUGUCCGGCUGGCCACGAUUUGAACGGGCUCAUCAGUCAACGCAGGCACUUGAGUGUCUUUUCUCUCUGGGCGUUGCCUCAUGUAUGCUCGUUUGUACGCUAGCAGCAGGUAAGCAUCAACGCGUGUACGUAUGUGUUCCUUUGCGUGUGGGAACACAUGUGUGGAUCGGGGGUUCAGAAAGCUGACCAGCGUGCAUUUUUUGGAACUGUUGUGUAGACUACAUAUAUGCUCUAAUUCAUGGUGUU